AUGGCGGUGGUGCAAGGGACUCCGGGUAGCAAGCAGUGGCCGGCGCGUCCUGGUAUCCAACAUCAAAACAGUCAAAACCCAGCGAGUCUCACAUUAAACAGGACCAUUAAUUUAUACCCCCUCACUAAUUAUACUUUCGGCACCAAAGAACCGCUUUUUGAAAAGGACGCUUCUGUACCGGCGAGGUUUCAACGUAUGAGAGAAGAGUUUGUCAAAAUUGGCAUGAGAAGGUCAGUAGAGGGUGUACUGUUGGUACAUGAGCAUGGCCUACCACACGUAUUACUGCUGCAGCUUGGUACAGCUUUCUUCAAGCUGCCUGGAGGGGAGCUGAACCCUGGCGAGGAUGAAAUUGAGGGAUUGAAAAGAUUACUCACUGAGACACUCGGCAGGCAAGACGGGGUGAAACAAGAGUGGGUUAUUGAGGAUACCAUAGGUAACUGGUGGAGACCGAACUUCGAACCGCCCCAAUACCCAUACAUUCCACCGCACAUAACUAAGCCCAAGGAGCACAAGAGGCUCUUCCUAGUCCAGCUCCAGGACAGGGCACUGUUUGCCGUGCCCAAAAACUACAAGUUGGUGGCCGCUCCCCUGUUCGAGUUGUACGACAACGCUCAGGGCUACGGGCCCAUAAUCUCAUCCCUCUCCCAAAGUCUGUGCCGCUUUAACUUUGUAUACAUG